AUGGCGGAGAAAGAAGUAGUCCCUCUCACGGCCGUCAAGGUCGAGGCCCUGGUCGUUAUGAAAAUUAUCAAGCACUGCUCUCAGACAUUCCCGACGACUGCGACCGGUUCGAUCGUUGGUAUGGACGUGGGCGGCGUUCUCGAAAUCACAAACUCCUUCCCCUUCCCCGUCGUCGAGGUCCCACCGGAGUCGCACUUUGACAAUACCGCGCCCAACCCGGCCGCCGCUGCUCCCCGCGCGAAGGCGAACACUGUUUACCAGGCCGAGAUGAUCCGCAUGCUCCGGGAAGUUAACGUCGAUGCCAACAACGUUGGAUGGUACACGAGUGCGAACAUGGGCAACUUUGUCAACAUGAACGUCAUCGAGAACCAGUUUUUCUACCAGAAGGAAAUGAACGAGAGGACUGUCGCCCUUGUCCAUGACCCUAGCCGCAGUUCCCAGGGAAGCCUGAGCGUGAGGGCCUUCCGUCUCUCCCCUAAGUUCAUGACUGCUUUCAAGGAGAACAAGUUCACUUCUGAGGAACUGCAAAAGUCAAACUUGAAAUACCAGGAUAUCCUGAUUGAACUCCCCGUUGAAAUCCACAACUCUCACCUGAUCACCUCCUUCCUUCACCAGCUCCAGAACCAGUCCCAGUCGGCGCCUACUGACUUCCCUCCCUCUCUCGCCGCCCUGGAGAACUCACAAUUUGCGAAGCAACCUAUUCUGGCCCCCAACUUCGACAACCUCGCCCUCAACAUUGACCCCUUCCUUGAGAAGAACUGCGACCUCCUCCUCGACAGCAUCGAGACCCACCACACCGAGACCAGCAACUUCCAGUACUACCAGCGCUCGCUUGCCCGUGAGCAGGCCAAGAUCACAGCCUGGCAAACCAAGCGCAAGGCCGAGAACGCCACCCGCGCAACGCUCAAGCAGCCCCCUCUCCCAGAGGACGAGUGGCAGCGACUCUUCAAGCUGCCCCAGGAGCCCAGCCGCCUCGACAGCAUGCUCAACAGCCGCCAAGUGGAGCAAUAUGCUCGCCAAGUCGACAGCUUUGUCUCCUCCACGACGGGUAAGAUGUUCGCCGUCAAGGGCAACCUGCUGCCCGGCGAGAUCGCCAAAUAA